AUGGAUGGCCUGGAGUAUUUAGAGGUACCAUAUAAAUUAUGCAAAGUGGAUAAUUGUGCAAUAAGGUUUAAAGUUAAGAGUAAUGGAGAUUCAACAUUGACUCUUGUUUCUAAGCAGUGUCCACAUAAAGAAAUAUGCAAGAUCAUUUUGGGGUCAACAUGUGAAAUGAUUUGUUCAGGUGAACAAAAAGUAAUUCAAAAUAUUGAUCAUAUAAAUUGGCUUGACUAUACGGAGUUUUUGGUGACAUGGUACAAUGGAAUCUAUCGUGUUGGUCAAGUUGAUAGUGAACCUAUACUAGAAUAUUUUGAUAGCAGUAUAGACAGACCUACCAUUGGUUUUAUUAAAUUCUUUACACUGUGUGAUAAUAAUAUUACAAGUGAUUGGAUAUUUGAAAGUUCGCCAAUUACUUCGAGUCCAAUGAAAGCAAUAAAAGUAGAUGGUGGUGAACUAAAAUGGACAACUAUGACUGGAAAUGUCUUGCCUUUAGAUGCAAUGAUAGGGGGUUUCGAAAAUGAACCAAUUUAUAUAUCUCGAGCACGUCAUAGGGGUUCUCUUUGCCCGGGAAAAUAUGUACCAUCAAAACGUCACGCUUACGUGGCAUGGGGCCAUUCAGAACACUGUAAGGACAAUUUUGAGAUAUUAUGUGGUUAUGAUGCCCAAUGGUGUAGCGAUUUCAGAUUGCUCUGGGUCGGAUUGCUACGGUCGGUCCGC